ACAGGCGUCGCGCUUCUGAAACCUGUUUGGUGACGUGUACGAAAGAGCGAAAAAUAGCUGUUCUGUUAUAUUGCAUGGAGUGAAGUGUGUUGUCAAAUCUUGAACCAGUAACUCCUUUGUUUAUAUCCACGGUCAAGUGGUCAGUGACUGGUAAGUACAGUCAAUCUUUUCAAAUUUAAUUUUAACAAACAGGAGAUAAUUGUGGUGUAGAAGGUAGCUCGGACAGUGUUUCUCGUUUGCUAUCAAUAAAAAGGGCCUACACCUCAAUUCGUAGGCCCUUUCUGUGGAGAUUUGGGUUGGGCCCAUGUUAAAUUUUGUUAACAUUUCCACUGUGUUAAUAUUUUAAUUCACAAAAGCUGUUUCGCGUGAGGCUUCAAACUCAAGCAUAAAUAGGACGUUGAGAGAAACCAAAGACUUUGAGGUUGCUCAAAUGUGUGUCCACACGUCAGUCUCUACUGGCGGAAUAUACCACGGCGAAAGGCUUUUCACUGUUUGGAAGUCAACACAAUGUACGACACGGUUGUUAUUGUUUUUUGGGCCUGUUCGGAGUUGAAGAAUUUUGGGGGAGGAGUUGGGAACUCCAAUCACCUUAGCUCCAACCUGUACACAACUGUCGGGGAAAUGUAGCUGUGAUGUCAUUUUGGCAGUCUGUCUCUCUCUCCCCCCCCCCUCAACCCCCGCGGCAAAACUUGUCACGUUGAAUUAGGAUUGUUUUUUGCCGACUCCGAGGGUCAGUUGUUGGAUGAACUUUAAGGCGGUUUAAUAAUGAAAAAGUUAAGUGUAGCUAUAGGAAGACAUUGUUAGCUUCUUGACACUGUCAACAUCUUGACACUGUUAGCAUCUUGACACUGUCAGCAUCUUGACAUUGGCAGAAUCUUGACAUAUUCAGCAUCUUGACAGAGUCAGCAUCUUGACACUGUUAGCAUCUUGACAUUGGUAGAAUCUUGACAUUGUUAGCAUCUUGACAUUGGCAGAAUCUUGACAUAUUCAGCAUCUUGACAGAGUCAGCAUCUUGACAGAGUCAGCAUCUUGACACUGUUAGCAUCUUGACAUUGGUAGAAUCUUGACAUUGUUAGCAUCUUGACAUUGUAUGUAAAACAAUGUAUUUCCACAUUUAUAGCAGUAACAAUGUGUUUGUAAAAAUCAAGUUCCAAACCCAUGUUCGUCGAGGUUAAGGCUCACGUUAACGUCAAGGUGCCAAUCAGCUGGUGAGAGAUUGGCCAAACGGAAUAUCAGGAUGUUGAACUAAUAUAUUAAUGAGAUUAAUCGGGCUUUACGCCCGGAUGUUCUAUUAAUAGAUGUCCGCUAUUUUAUGACAAACCCUAUUGGAGUCUUUCGUUUCUGUGUCCCUCUAAACAAAAUGGCUUUAAAAAAUAUUUAUUAAGAAUGUCGAAACUGGCAAAUAACAUCGUCAUAUGAUUUGAGAUCAAGCACCAACCACAGUGGCCGGAUUUGAGAUCAAGCAUCAAUCAUAGUAGCAGGAUUUGAGAUCAAGCACCAAUCACAGUAGCAGGAUUUGAGAUCAAGCACCUAUCAAAGUAGCAGGAUUUGAGAUCAAGCACCUAUCAAAGUAGCAGGAUUUGAGAUCAAGCACCUAUCAAAGUAGCAGGAUUUGAGAUCAAGCACCUAUCAAAGUAGCAGGAUUUGAGAUCAAUCACCAAUCACAGCUCCUGUAACAUAGUUUUAGUCUCAGCCAAGAAAAUGGGGAAUAGAACAAUAUUUCAUUUUUGUUACUCGUGCCCCAGGUUGAAAUCAAUGCACGCGGGGACUCUAAACUAAGAUGCUGGCAUGUCAAGAAAUAUUUAUGUGUGACACCCUCUUGACACAAAUGAUAUACACACCUCAUCUUUAGUGAGUGGCACCUCCAGAGACACACAUUGUCAUGAUAGACACACUUACUCUUUAGUGAGUGUCUUGACGAUAAAUACUUGCGUUGUUAGCUCUCAGUUUUAUGUUGUCGCAUGCCUAGAAGUGAACUAUUUUCCCCCUCGAGUUAGAUCUGAUCUUAGGUAUGAUGUGCUCAGAAUCUACAAUGCAAUAGUCAAACAACAGCAUCCUAUUAAUUUCCUUAUUUUAAAAUAAUUGUAAAUGUCUUUGUUUAGUAGAAAUAAGACAAAAAUUGCCCAGCAUUCUCUUAAAACCACCAUUCGCCAUUUAAUGAUAAGUUUGUUCACUGUGCGUCAUUUCAAUGUUCUUGGGUUUGGUGUGGAGACAGUGGUAUCUUGAUCUGACCACAUUUUUCAAUCAAUUCUGAUCCUUUGAAUCACACAAUGAUUCAGGUUUAAUUUACCAUAUGUCUAGUCUAAAACCCUCCCCUCCCCCCCCCCCCCCCCCCCACCACAACAUGUUUAAUUUACCAUAUGGCUAGUCUCAAACCCCCCCCCCCCCCCCCCCCCCCCCCAAACACGUUGUAGUGGCUUUGAAUUCCGACAUCUCUGCUGCGUGUUUUACAGCGUGUCCACGCAUCAACAUGGUUCUUAUUCAAUUUUUAUGAUCCUUUUGGAAUGUCCUCCUCCAAGUUUCCCUGAGGCCUUCCUCACUUCCUCCUUUCUUUCCUGGCAUCCAGUGUAUAGAUUUUGUAUUCUAUUCUUUCUGUGCUAUGGUACCUAUGGUAGGCGUAGAAAUAGUAGGAGAGUACAUUUCUGCCCACAGAAACUGUUGGGUCAUGGCUCUGUGUUCCGCUCCAUCUUAUAGGACUCCGUUCCAUAGAUUCUGGCGGAAUUUCUGUCUGUAUACAACUGGAAGACCUAAGAACUAAACAAAUUCCGAUGAUUCUAUUUUCAGCUCUUCCGUCUCCAAAAAACCAACAUGGCGGGUGUGCUGGGAGCCGCCUCGAUCCCUUUCAUUGGCUGCGUCAGCCUGCUGGCCUGCAUGGUGCUGCAGAUUCUGGCGUUUGCCGCGCCCUUCUGGGCCUACAGCCCGACGGCGGACAUCGGUCUCUGGAGGAGGACCAACUGUAUCGACGAGAACGGCGUCAGUGGCUGCUACAGGACGGACCACAUGUGGUAUUUCUAUACCGGUGAGUUACAACCCUCGACACUCUCCAAACUAAAUAGCUAACUGGUGCUCGACACUCUCCAAACUAAAUAGCUAACUGGUGCUCGACACUCUCCAAACUAAAUAGCUAACUGGUGCUCGACGCUCUCCAAACUAAAUAGCUAACUGAGUGUUUCCAUCUCUCCCCACACUUUUCACUUGGUAGCAUACCGAUACUUUGUUUUUAAAAUGAUCAGAUUGAAGGUCAUGUGACUUUGCUCGUUUUUCACUGUGCUCCCUUCAAUGUUCACCAAUUUUGUUACAAUGAUUUGUCAAAUUAAAGAAAGUCAAUGGAAAAUUGCGCCACCUUCGUUGAAUUCUAAAAUGUUUAAAUUCAUGAAAUUCCUCUAAGAAGCAUUCGUAUGUUGUUAUUGUCCACACUAAUACAGUCGCCCGAUGCCCAUAUUCCUAACUUCUCAACUGAUGAAAGUACCAUAACAAAUGCUGUCCUAUAUUCCACAGAAUGGCUCGAUGCUGUGAGAGCCAUGGAGGCCCUGGCCAUCAUAUUCUGGGCCAUCCCACUGGUCAUCCUACCAGUCUACAUCUACGUGUCUCUGGGCCUCUACUACAUGUGCACAAUGAUGACGAUGUCAGUCUUCACAAUACUGGGAUGUAAGACAACAUCACAUCAACGUGUCUUAGUCCAAGAUAACAUCACAUCAGCAUGCAUGUCUUAGUCCAAGAUAACAUCACAUCAACAUGUCUUAGUCCAAGAUAAUAUCACAUCAACAUGUUUUAGUCUAAGAUAACAUCACAUCAACAUGUCUUAGUCCAAGAUAACAUCACAUCAACACGUCUUAGUCCAAGAUAACAUCACAUCAACAUGUCUUAGUCCAAGAUAAUAUCACAUCAACAUGUUUUAGUCUAAGAUAACAUCACAUCAACAUGUCUUAGUCCAAGAUAACAUCACAUCAACACGUCUUAGUCCAAGAUAACAUCACAUCAACAUGUCUUAGUCCAAGAUAAUAUCACAUCAACAUGUUUUAGUCUAAGAUAACAUCACAUCAACAUGUCUUAGUCCAAGAUAACAUCACAUCAACACGUCUUAGUCCAAGAUAACAUCACAUCAACAUAUUUUAGUCCAAGAUAACAUCACAUCAACAUGUCUUAGUCCAAGAUAACAUCACACCAACAUGUUUUAGUCCAAGAUAACAUCACACCAACAUGUUUUAGUCCAAUAUAACAUCACAUCAACAUGUCUUAGCCCAAGAUAACAUCUCAUCAAUAUUUUGUUUGUCCCUAGUCUAAGGGACUCAUCUAUAUCAAGAUGUUGAAUGUGUUUGGGAACAAUUUGUUUGAUUUGCAUAAAAUAAAUGUGAAAUGUAAGUGAGACUUUGUGCAAAAAAUAGUGAGUGCAACAAUGACUGCACGUGACAAUGACUGCACGAGAGAAUGACUGCACGAGACAAUGACAGCACGAGACAAUGAGGAAAAUUUAGUGAAAUUUAGUGUAUGAGAAAGUGAGUGCAUGGUACAGUGCUUGCACAAGACAGCAAAUUCAUGAGGCAGUGAGUUCAUGAGGCAGUUUAUGCCUGAGAAAAUAAGUGCAAGAGAAAAUUAAUGUUAUCGUGCAGAAAAAGAUUCCAUGCUGCUCUCUGUUCAAGCAAUGGUUGCUCUCUUCCGAUUUUAAUUGUUAAAAUGUUGUUCCUUUUUUUAAAAUCAUAAUUUUUGUUUGUUUCCUUGUUUAUUUCCCGCAGGUGUCUGCAAUCUGAUAGGAAUUAUCAUUUUUGGCGCCAAAAUUGGGGAAAACUCUGAUUGGAAGACGGGCUGGUGCCUGGUCCUGUGCGUCAUAGCGUGCGGUCUGGGCAUCGCCGCGUUCGUCCUUUUCCUCAUCGCCUGCUGCAAGAAGCCACAGUUCGACCCUGACACCUACUACAUUUCAGGGCUGUUCGUGGGUCCCGAAGAUGAGCAAAUAUACGUCAUAGAGAACAGCGAGUCUGAGAAAAAUGGGUCGAUAAAUGGCCACGGCAAUCACGCCCUGGUGAUCGAUGACAAUUGAUUACAUGACAAAAGAUUUUCACUUUGUACCAGGCACUAUAAAAACGUGGAUUAUAUUAACAAUUGUGAAACACAAUGUGAGAUUUUUUUCUUCCAUGUUCACUAUAAUUAUGUUUCUCCGAUGAUGUUUGUAUUUACAUAUUUAUUUUUUAAUGUCAACCGUAUGCAUUCUUGUCUAUAUAUUCCCUUUGUAAAUGACGAAACUAAUCUAAAUUUUAUGCAAAUUUGGUGGUGGGGGGUACAGAUUAAGUUACUACCCCAUACUCUGUCUCCCCCUCCCCCCCCCCACCACACACACACAUUCUUUUCUUGCUGCUCUGAGAUUGUUAGUUUCUACGUCAAAAUAAUCCAAUUAUAACUCCUAUCAUAACCAAUAAAUUCAGUUUAGCUAAAUAUUAAGUUACUCCCCCAUACUCUUCCUCCCCCUCCCCCCCCCCACCACACACACACAUUCUUUUCUUGCUGCUCUGAGAUUGUUAGUUUCUACGUCAAAAUAAUCCAAUUAUAACUCCUAUCAUAACCAAUAAAUUCAGUUUAGCUAAAGGUGAAAAAAAAAAACCAUCCUGGCCAACCAGUACAAAUACAGCACCAAGGCCAAUAAAUGGUCUUUUCUCCAAGAUGAUGAAGUGUGUCACAAUAGGACUAUUAUAAAACUAUUUUCCUUUUCCUAUUUUUUUUUUACAUUCGAAUGAUACAUUUGUUUUUAAAUACAAUCCAUACACAUUUAUACAUAUUUACUCAAUGAAUGAGUGGGAGCAUAUGCCGGUUAAAAUAUUGCCAGGUUGCCAAAUGAAAAAUGUAAAUUAAUUCCUCUAUUAAUUUCAUUGCCAAUUUCCCUCUAUUAGAUACAGUGUUAAAUUUACUUUCAGGCAUAAUUUAUCUGCACCCAAUGUUCCCUCUAAGGUUUGUUGGUUCGUGUGCAAAAUCAUAAAUUUGUGUGAAAUUUUUUACAGCAUCAAUUUUUUUGUGCGCAAGAUUUUCAGCCUACAGACACAAACACACACUGGAAAUUAGCUGCGCGGUACUCAAAACUGCCACGCGGCGUAUGUGAGAUUGCUGCGCGGCCGCGCAGCCGCGCAGCUUAAAGGGAACAUUGUCUGCACCCCUUCCUCUUUUCAAAUGUUUGGGUUGAAUUUAGGGCUGCAUUUAAGAGAUUGCACCCACACACACACACCUAACCACUUGCACAUACAAACCACAUAUGCACAUGCACCACAGCCACGAAGGUCUUGCCAUGGCAAAGCUGCGCCCUCGGGGCAAAGAGCGAUUUUCGCGCCUCUCUUGUGAGAAAUAUUUGUGGUGAUUUUGCAUGAAAGCGGCAGAAACUGUUACUCACAUCAGACUAAAUUAUUAUUUUAAAAAAGAUGGGCAGGGUACUGUCAAAUAACGUUUUAAACAAGUUUUUUCCCCUUGAAAAAUUAUGUUUGAAAAAUAACAUUUUGUUCAAUUAAAAUUUACUGAAUUGAUAGUUGGCGAAUGAUUUUGAAUUUGUCAAUUGUAUAUGUGGCAUUACAUGUGGGUGUGCAUGACAUGAUUGAAGUCAAGUAAAAAUCCUCGGCUAAUCCUAAAGACCUGUUCGCUAUCAACGAAAACUGAAAAUAACACACUGAAGUUUUUUUAAAAUGAUUUAUGUAAAGGAAUUGUGUAGUCUUUCCGAGUAUUCCAUUUUCAUUCAUUAAAAAAUUUAAUACAAUUUUGAAGAUAAAAUAAAGAUUU